AUGCCUGUGCCGUCGUCGGGGCCGCAUCGUCGUCCGUAUCAGAUGACGCCGUUCCAGCAAAGGGGCGCGCUGUGGAGCAGAAUUUUCGGCGAUCACGAUGAAGUGUUGAUAAACCGCUACGGGCCCCCGUGGAUUGCAUCGUUUGCACACCUCUACAGACGUCAGCAUCCGCUGCACGCGCAGAUAGCCUUCGUCUUGACGCCAUUCGCCCGCCCGUUUCCGCAACAAUACAUUGUCAACCCCACGCUCGCACGGCACGGGAAAACGAGAUCAGGGUCCGUUGCGGCUGCGUACGCAAACAACCCUAGCAACCUGGCCAAUUGCGGCAUCCCGACCUGCGUCUGCAUCUUUGCAACCUAUCCCGAAAAUACAUCGGUAGCAGCCCAGCUCUCUACGGCGGCUCCUGCGGCCAAACUUUUGUGGACCUAUCGUCGUGACACUCUGCUCCACGUCCUAGAUUGCCACUACACUGCUCCAUUAAAAGGCAACGGUAACGGCACCCGCCCAUUGCCGUCCUGA